AUGGGCCAAUUCACUUCCCAGCCCCGUGACGACACCUCGCCGCCGCCCGAUCCAGUGCUCAGCCUUUCACAGGGUACAGGCGGCGAGCAAGGAAUCCCCGUGAUCACUCGUAUCCGCACCGAAGGUGGUAAGACAGCUACUGUGACCAUUACCCUGCAAGAGACAGCAUUGACGUCGGCGUUGGCCUCGACCUUCACCACCUCCUCACUAUUGCCAGUGAUGACAACUCUGAUGACUACACUGAGACCUUCGCUGACUACCUCCACGCUCUCGUCUACCGAACAGAACACGUCACUGCCCAAGUCGACUGGCUCACCUGACCAGGAACCCCAUGUCACUCUUUCCAGGAACACAUUGAUUAUCAUCAGUUGUGCUGCUGUCGGAGGCUCUUUACUCCUCCUGUUCCUCAUCGGCAUGAUUCACGCUUACGUGCGCCGAAGAGACGCGAUCAAGGAAGAUGCUAAGAAGGAGGCUGUUGCUGCUGCUGCUGCUGCUGCUGCUGCUGCUGCUGCUGGCAUGCAGGAGCGUGAGCUGAACCAGUUCUCUCACCAGCCUCACCAGCAUGCCAACGAGCAUGGCUACAGCAUGGCCAUGUCUCAACCAGCCCCACGUGCGUGCUCGGAGCCGGAUCUGUACCAGCACCUUCACCCGUCACACGAGGUAGCCAAUGCCAGUUUCCGUACCCUCCCCGCCGCAUACCCCGUGUAUGAGCCGCAUCCAGCACAGGUUGUCGCUGAGCUUCCUGCCGAGCCAUGUGGCAGCGGUCUUCCGCAUUACGGUUAUCGAGGAUAA